UUUAAAUCUAUCAUCUUUAACUGAGCUAACGGUGUAAAGAUUUAAGUUAAACUCAUUCCGAAAAGCUUAAAUACUAAUACUCAGAAAAAAAGGAAGGAAUGGGAAAGUAGCAGCAAACAGGGGAAGCAAGAGAGAGACGGAGGAAAAUGGAGAAAAUACAGCACAAAAAUGUAUCCAUUAAUGGUAUAAACAUGCACGUAGCAGAAAUCGGAGAAGGCCCAGCAGUUGUAUUUGUACAUGGCUUCCCUGAACUAUGGUACUCAUGGCGCCACCAAAUGUUGUACCUUUCUAACAAAGGCUACAGAGCCAUUGCUCCUGACCUUCGUGGCUACGGUGACACUGAUUCUCCACCCGAUGCUACAAAUUACACUGUUUUUCAUAUUGUUGGAGACUUAGUUGCUCUUUUAGAUGUUCUGGGUCUAGACCAAGUUUACUUGGUAGGACAUGAUUGGGGUGCUCUAAUUGCUUGGUAUUUAAGCUUGUUUCGUCCUGAUCGAAUUAAGGCUUUGGUUAAUCUAAGUGUUGUAUUCCGUCCUAGGCAUCCUUCGCGAAAACCGGUGGAUAGCUUGCGAGAGUUGUUUGGCGAUGACUAUUAUAUGUGCAGAUUUCAGAAACCUGGGGAAGUGGAAGAGGAGUUUGCUUCAGUUGAUACUGCAACAGUCAUUAAGGGAUUUCUUUCUUCACGUGAUCCACGCCCACCUUGCAUUCCUAAGGAGAUAGGCUUUCAUCAGGCCUUAGCUAAGUCACCAGCGACAUUACCCUCAUGGAUAACAGAAGAAGAUGUGCAUUAUUUUGCUGAGAAAUUAAAAAAGACAGGCUUCACUGGAGGAUUGAACUACUACCGAAAUCUGGACAAAAACUGGGAGCUUACAGCACCAUUUAGUGGAUGCAAAAUUCAAGUUCCUACUAAGUUUGUGGUUGGUGAUCUGGACGCGACGUAUCAUGUUCCUGGAACCAAGGAGUAUAUACACAAUGGCGGUUUCAAGAAAGAAGUGCCUAAUUUGCAGGAGGUUGUUGUAAUGGAGGGAGCUGGUCACUUCAUCAACCAAGAAAAGCCUGACGAAAUAAAUUCCCACAUUUAUGAUUUUAUUCAGAGGUUUUAAUCAACAGAGUCCCUCUUUGUCUUUCAGGUUACUGCGACUUCAUCACUUGGAAUAAGCAAUGACACAGUAUACACUGUAAUGUUACCACUUGAAUGUAUCUAUGAUUGAUACUGCAUUUUACCUUUCUACAAAUUACUGGAGUUCUUGGCAGAAUUUGAGGUGUACUUGUUGAUGUUUGUGACAAAACAAGAUACCCAAUCAGAUAAUGUGCCUGAAAUUGAAAACUUGAUUGAUGGGAAAGAUGGUAUUUGCCUCUCUGUUUAUAA